AACAGCUAGUGCAGUGGUCGAUGCCGAAAAUGCGAGUGGCCAAUGGUUGACAGAGAGUGCAAUCAACGACCAUAUUUUCGUUUGUGAACGCCCAACAGGAGCCUGCGUUGCGGGCUGGGAGGAGUUUGGAGAUUCUUGUUAUUACUUCAACCGCCUCGACGUGGACGUCGUCACGUGGCUGACGGCCCACGAGCUCUGCCAGGGAAUCGGCACGCACCUCCUCGUCGUGGAUUCCCAGGAGGAAGAUGCUUUUAUUCGCGGCAAAAUAUCUGAAGGAGAACAAUUGUGGAUUGGAUUGUACUUUGAGCAAAACAACACCGCGUUCAAGUGGGUGGAUGGUUCGUUGUACUCCAACAACAUCACUCACAUGUCGCAACAAGAUGAGGAUGACGUCAUCGCUCAGGGUGAAUCCAAGUGCGUCGCAGCUCAAAUCGAUACCUCUACGGAAGUUAAUGAGGAGUCCUGGGACCCGUUGACAUGCACAGAGACUCACAACUACAUUUGUGAAGUUGCUGCCGGGACGCCGGUCUACAUCUACGUCCCUCCUCUGGAACAGUACUGCCCAGAUGGCUGGGAUCUGGAUCAAGACUUUUGCUACCUUGUAUCUAGCAAUGAGAUGACGUGGAGCUCCGCUGAAUCUUUCUGCCAGACUGCGGGAGGACAUCUUGCUUCAAUUAAUUCUUGGAUAGAGCAAGACACCGUCCACAAUCAUCUGGGCGACACCAGCUGGAUUGGCCUGAAUGAUCGUCGUGUUGAUGGAGUGUUUGAAUGGUCCGACGGAAAUGCUGUCGUCAUUCAAAACUGGAACAUGGGAGAUCCAUCCGGCGGAGAUGAAAAUUGUGUGGAAAUGAAAAUUGAGGAAGGAUUUUGGAACGACAUGACGUGCUCAGAAGCUCAACCGUUUGUGUGUAAACGUGGCUACUCGACGACUCCCCUCGGUCCGGUCACUACCACCACUCCAGCUCCAGACUCUGGCUCGUGUGGAGAAGGGUGGGAGGAAGACUCGACCUCUGGCAUCUGUUACAUGUUCGUGAAUGAACUUCUAGCGCAGGCUGAUGCUAGGCUGCGCUGUCAGGAAAUGCCCUACAGCGAAGGCCAGUCCGUCCCAGACCUUACUUCUCUGUCCAAUGAAGACGAGCAGCUCUUCGUUGAAGGAAUGGUGGCUCGGGCACGCGUACAAGACCAUGGUGUGUACAUUGGGCUGAGGAACGACGAUACUUCCCUCUACUGGACUGAUGGAGAGCCUGUGGCAAUCCUUAAUUACGCUGACGGUGAACCCAAUGGAUUUUCCUCAGAUUCUUGCACAGAAAUGUUAAACGAUGGGAAAUACGAAUGGAACGAUUGCGACUGCAAGCUUCGAUUGCCGUUCGUUUGCGAAAAGAAAGGACUUGACUACAAGUCACCAACACCUCCGCCAAUUCUGUUAGAGUGCCCCGCUGGCUGGAAGUUUUUCAACGAGUUCUGCUACUACAUCUCCUCCUCAUCGGAGCUAAAGAAUUGGUCAGACGCCAGAGGUUCUUGUGCUGACAUGUAUGGUAGCUCACUCACUUCCAUCAUGAGUGAAGAUGAGAACAAAUUCAUUUUGGAUUCCAUUCAAGACGAUUAUAAAAAUACUUGGAUUGGCCUCAUUGCCCUGGACAACGGAUCUUAUACAUCGUGGGUGGACGGGAACUUGAUCACUUACACCAACUGGUAUCCCGGGGAACCUAACAAUCAAUUUGGACUGGAGGACUGUGUAGGGAUGAUGUACUCAUAUGCAGGGGCUGGUCAGGGGCAAUGGGACGACAUGCCCUGUGAUAACAUAGAGCGCUACGUUUGCAAAACACAAUUCAAGACGUGCCCUGAAGGCUGGUCGCUGCAUGACAACAAAUGUUAUUACAUCAGCACGAUCAGCGAGACAUGGGACAUUGCGCUCGACAAGUGCAGGGAAGUGGAGGGAGAUGCGACACUGCUGAGCUGGCAUUCUCAGCAGGAGGUUGAUUACGUGCAAGGUUUGAUCAACGAUUCGAUCGAUCUGACGUGGCUGGGACUGCGGCUCGAGGAGGGCGAGGCCUGGAAAUGGACGGAUGGCUCGGCUGAUGACUUCGUCAACUGGAGGCCUGGACAGCCGGACCACAACGACACCGAGCUGUGCGCCCUGACUGAUUCAAAUCCGGAAAGCUCCAAUUACGGUUACAUCGACAACUAUCCCUGUAACGGCUCGCAUCACUUCGCUUGCGAAUAUUUCCCAAAUCCUACUGUUGGCUGUGAUCCUGGCUGGGAGUUUUACGGCGGUUAUUGCUAUUAUGACAGUCAGCAUAAGGAGGAAUUUUCUACACUGAAAUACGACGAAGCAUCGGCUAAAUGCCAAGAAUUUGGUGGCCACCUUACGUCCAUCUUAUCCGCAGACGAAAAUAACUUCCUCUAUAGUCAUCUAGAUGUUAACUACUACUAUUAUCAUCACAUUGGACUUAAAGUUACGGCUCCAGAUGGCAAGUUAACCUGGAGCGACGGCUCCCCAGUGCUCUACACAAGUUUUUCCUCUGUUAUUUCAGCUCCUACUCCAAGUUCCAAUUUCUACCUGGCCCAAGUCAACGGUUUGCUGUGGACGCAGUACAAUUAUCUCGCCGUGAAUUAUUAUUUCUGUAAGAAAUCUGCCACCAUAACCAGCCUUGUACCGCCGUCAUCUGGACGUAUUAGUUAACUCGGAAUGCCGCUGCACAAAGUAUCCCACCUUCAACAGGCACAAAAAAUACCUGGCGCUGGACCUCCAUUUGUGACCGUGCAAGAGACGAAGACAGAGGGAGAAGAUGACAGUCAGCACUCUACGGUGUAGGCAUCACACGCGCUUGUGCUUUUAUCUU